CAUAUAUAUACCUCUAUAAAUAUAUAAGGUCAGUGUAAAAAUGUCAGUGUGAUGAAGCAGCCAACCUCGUCAGGAGAAGCUCACGAACCUUCUGCUUGAAAGUUAAACGACUUUUCACCAUCCUGAUAUCUUGGGGGAGCGCAUUCCACAAAAAAAUUGCUUGUACGAAAAAGAAAGAAUGAAGGAAGUCAGUACGGUGAGUAGGACAUUGGAGACGUCGAUCAUGAGAAGAGCGAAGAUUUUUAUUGUGUUUUGAGCAUAUGUAUUGGAAGUAAGUACUAAUACCUUAAUGCGCACUAUAGACGAUAAAAUACAACCAUUAUUGGAAGAAAAUAAACAGCUAAAAUCUGAAGUGCAAGCAUUGAAUAGAGAAAUAAACCAUUUAAAAGAGACGAACAGGAAGAACAAUAUAAUACUACACGGCGUCAAGGAAACAGAUUUAUUCAACAUAAUAAUGGAUAUUUUACAGAACUUGAAUGUUAAAAUAGAAAAAUUCGAAAUAAAUAAAUUCUUCAGAUUGGGAAGACAACAAGAUGGAAGCAAAAUCAGACCCAAACUUGUUUCGUUGACAUCAUAUCAAAGGAAGGCAGAAAUAAUGAAAAAUAAAGCAAAAAUGCCACUAAAGACUUUUCUUACCGAAGACUUCUCAAAACAAACGCUUGAACUACGUAAAAACUUACAGCAACAACUAAAAGAAGAAAGGGAAAAGGGAAACGAAGCAUUCAUCAAAAACAAUAAACUUAUUGUAAGAGGAAAACCAGAAGCUGAAAAGAGGAAAAGAGAAAUUUCUGUGUCACCCAAGAACAUACAAAAACAACCUUACUCCACAGAAGGGAAAAAUAUUAUUGCUCCGUCUAAAAUGCAUAAAACCGAUGCAUUUGCAUACAUGAGAGCCAGAUCUUUCUCACUGUCAGAGAAGCAAACACAACCUCAUAAUAAGGCAUAGGAGUUAUCUGACACCGGAAACAUGAAGAAACUUAAUGUAAAAAAUACAAUUCUAGCAAAAAACAAACAGAUCCCCAACACGGUUGGUCACCGCGGGGAGAUAGACCGCACCCCCCAAGAGCCUACAGUAAAUACAAAUACAUCAGAGAAUCUUAACAAAUACUACUCCGGGAAAAAUAAACAUAAACAAAGAACAAGACUGAAUAUAGCCACACUACACGCAAGAUCGUUAAAAUCCCAAGAAUCCCUACUCGAAUUAGAAAAUGCAUUAGAAACCAUACAUUGGGAUAUUUUAGGGUUAAGCGAAGUGAGGAGAGCAGAAGAGAGAACUGAAGAACAUGAUAAAUAUAUAUUUUACUACAAAAACGUAUUGGCUGGCCUUUAUGGAGUAGGAUUUAUGGUCAAAAAAUAUCUUAAAAACGAAAUAAUAGAAUUUCGAGGCAUAUCGGAUAGGAUAGCAAUUUUGAAUAUUAAAUUACCUGGCCAUAAACAACCAUCUUCAAUCGUUCAAAUAUAUGCUCCGACUGAUGUUACCAGACAAGAAGUAAAAAACGAUUUCUACAACAAACUUAACGAAAUAAUGCCAACUUUGUAUAAAACUAUAAUUGUAUUGGGAGAUUUCAAUGGCCAAAUAGGAAAGAGAAGAACCAACGAAGACAAAGUACUUGGA